CAGGCGCCGGCUCUCCGCUGAUGAGGCUCAGAGAGACACCUUCCCCGGGAUAAGUGUGGGAAAGGCUGGUUGAGGGGCUCAUCCGGCCCCAACGCCUGAGGCUCGGAAAAGAAAGAGUUGGCGGAGGGAGCGGACUCACUGCCUGGCCAUGGCCUAGGCCCUCGGGCCCCGGCCCCGGCCGCAAUGACCUCUUUGCCCUGCCCCCUCCCUGGCCCGGACGCUUCCAAAGCCGUCUUCCCGGACAUCGCCCCCGUGCCAUCGGUAGUGGCUGCCUACCAGCUUGGCCUGUCCCCCGCAACCGCAGCCGCCUCCGAUUUGCCCUAUUCUGGGCCGUAUGGCCACCUUCUGCCCUAUCCCUACACCGGGCCGGCGAUCCCCGGAGACUCCUACCUGCCCUGCCAGCUAUCCACGGCGCCGUCUCAGCCGGCUCAUCAAGAGCGGGAGACAGACUCGGAGAAGCCGCCGCUGUCCCCGGAGCCCGCGGAGCGGCGCCCACAGGCCUCGACCAAGAAGCUCCGGAAGCCGAGGACCAUCUACUCGAGCCUGCAGCUGCAACACCUGAACCAGCGUUUCCAGCACACGCAGUACCUGGCGCUGCCCGAGAGGGCCCAGCUGGCCGCGCAGCUCGGCCUCACCCAGACGCAGGUGGGGCCAGUGCCAUCCUCCACCAACCUUCCCCAAGUGUGUUCCCUGGGAACUCACCCUCAGGUAAAGAUCUGGUUUCAGAACAAGCGCUCCAAGUAUAAGAAGCUCCUGAAGCAGAACUCUGGAGGACAGGAAGGGGACUUCCCUGGGAGCUCCCCCUCUCUGUCUCCCUGUUCUCCACCUCUUCCAGCCCUCUGGGAUCUACCCAAGGCAGGGGCCCUGCCCACCAGUGGCUAUGGCAACAGCUUUGGAGCCUGGUAUCAGCAUCAUUCCCCAGAUGUCCUAGCUCCACCUCAGAUGAUGUGAGUCUGAGGAGGAGCAGGUCAGGCCCCAGCCUCCUACAGAGCCCAGGCAGGACCCAGCCCACCGGCACCCUCUCUGGGCUGGGAGGAAACCAGAUCCAGAUGGGUUUUCUCAGGAGGAUGAGGAGCUAGACGAGGAAAAGGAUAGGAUAAUGAGUCCUUUCCUCCUUGCCUCAUAACCCAAAUAGCCUUAGCCUUUGCCCCACCCCCACCCCCACUCAGGACUGGACACUUUCCCUCCAGUCAGAGGCUCUGGAAAAAAACUUAUUGGCUGGAGUUCAGACUUUGCACGACCCCUAGUCUUGUCACCCCUUCUUGAAAUGACUGCAGUCCCACCACAGCCUGGGGUUCAACUAGCAACAAACACUGAGUGUUUUUUCUCUUUGUGUGCCCUGGGCGUUGCCCAGCCCAUUGAUGUGGACAGAAGUGGACAUCCAGAGUCUUCAAGUUGACCACUACUGAGACACACCCACUGAGUUUUCUAGAUUUUUCUUUACCCCCAUAACUGAUACAUCUAUUUACCAUCCUGUGAAGAAGAUGGGAUGCCAAAAAUGUGGACUUUUGUGGACCUAUGGGUAAAUUUUGCUCCUUUCCUAAGAAAGCCCCUCUUUCCCCCAUGUCUUCUCACUUUGAGUAGAUAAUGGAUCCAAUUAUCCAUCAAGUUCAACAAGUAUUUAUUAAGAGUCUGAGUCCCAUCCCGAAUACCUAAACAAAUCGACAUGCAUACACUCUCUGGAACUCAGUAGGGUAACAUUUUGUGGAGAAUAGGGACAAACAGACUCUUGGAUGUUUAAGUAGAGAUGUCCCAAGCAGGUGGGGGGUGAACUGAGCAAUUCAGCUCCUCAUAGCUGUCUCAGUCCAAAGGAACUGCUCAUAUUUAUAUCCAAUCUGACUAGCAGCGCUCCCCCUGCAAGCUCUCAGCAUCCCCCAUAUCAUGAACAUUCAGAAAUUAAAGUUUGUACAGAAACCCAG